AAAGGCCCAAAGUUCUUCCAUAACUGAUCGGAGCCUGGGAUUGCUCUUCUCAGCUCUUAGGAGCCCUCACAUUCCCUUUCCCCUCCAGGAAGCGGGGUGAUCACGGGCAGACGAUGGAGCAAGGCAGCAGUCGCUUGGAGGACUUCCCUCUCAAUGUGUUUUCCGUCACUCCCUACACACCCAGCACCGCUGACAUCCAGGUGUCCGAUGACGACAAGGCGGGGGCCACCUUGCUCUUCUCAGGCAUCUUCUUGGGACUGGUGGGGAUCACGUUCACCGUCAUGGGCUGGAUCAAAUACCAAGGUGUCUCCCACUUUGAAUGGACCCAGCUCCUUGGACCUAUCCUGUUGUCAGUCGGGGUGACAUUCAUCCUGAUUGCCGUGUGCAAGUUCAAAAUGCUGUCCUGCCAGGCAUGCAAGGAAAGUGAGGAAAGGAUCCUGGACUCGGAGCAGACGGCAGGAGGACAAUCAUUUGUUUUCACUGGUAUCAACCAACCCAUCACCUUCCAUGGGGCCACUGUGGUACAGUAUAUCCCUCCUCCUUAUGGUUCUCAAGAACCCCUGGGGAUGAACACCACCUACCUGCAGCCAGUGGUGAACCCCUGUGGUCUCAUACCACCUGGAGGGGUGGUGACCGCCACGCCAAGCCCUCCUCAGUACUACACCAUCUAUCCUUCAGAGAACGCUGCUUUUGUUGGUGACCCAGAAUACCCUUCCUUUGUGGCCGGUGGAAAUGACAGAUCCAGCCCUGAUGCUGACCAGCUAGAAGAGACACAGCUGGGAGAUGAGGUGUCUGCCUGCUUCUCUCCUCCCCCUUAUGAGGAAAUAUACUCCCUCCCUCACUAGACUAUAAUGCCAAAGGAACAGCAUUCAAGCCAUUGUUGCUGACAAAUGAGGUGUCAGGUGUUGUGGCAGCGCAACCAGCCUGACAGAUACCAAUCGAGGGGGGGUGGAGUGGGAGUGGGGCAGGAGGGGAAACAGGAAGGAAAACAUCUGAGAUGGGUAAAAAUUAGGUGGGGGUGGAGGAAAUUUCCUCCUGGUACAGCUGGAUAUUCCCUGCAUAUGGACAUGAGCAGAAAUUUCACUUGGUCCACAACCCACCCCUUUUCUACAGGAAGGCCCUGGUGUCUCAAUUUUAAUUCCAACAGCCAAAGGGAAAAUCACUGCUAUUGUGACACUGGGAGUUUCCAGGGCAGUGAGAAGGGGGGUGGGCAGGGAGCAGGGAAGAGAAAAUAGGCUUCACUGGAGAUUUUCUAGCACCUGUUCUCAGCCCCCCAAGAGGGUUUGCAGAUUCCCAAACAACAUGGUUGCCAUCCGGUGUCCCUUGAGGACUCUGGGUAUCUUAAAGGCUGCAAAAUUUUUUUAGUGGAAUAAAAUAAAAUAAUAUCUCCAUUUAAAAAAGGUAUUAGAUAGGGGCACCUGGGUGGCUCAGUGGGUUAAGCCUCUGCCUUCGGCUCAGGUCAUGAUCCCAAGGUCCUGAAAUCAAGCCCUACAUCAGGCUCUCUGCUCAGCAAGAAGCCUGCUUCCUCCUCUCUUUCUCUGCCUGCCUCUCUGCCUACUUGUGAUCUGUCAAAUAAAUAAAUAAAAAUUAAAAAAAAAAUAAAAAGGGAUUAGAUAGCUGGCUACAAAAUAAACUAAAAACCAUACAAAAUAAAUAUGAUGGGACAGCGGUGUCAAUAAAUCCUUAAGUUAUCACUGGGUCACAGUGACUCUUUAGCAAGGCUAAAACCUGGUUUGCCCACUAGGCUGGGAUCUGUGUUGGAAAAGAGCUAAUUGGGCCCAGUGACCAACAGAACAUGGGGACCUCUCUAAGCACCUGUCUAUGAGUUCUGCUGAAUUAGACAAAAUAGAGCCUCAUGUCAGUACCUGGAAAAUCAUGAAUCAUGGAAACAACCCUUAUGGUCAAGACAAGCUUGCCUUCUUUAUAAAAGAAGUUGGUGCUCUUAAUCUUCCUGAAUCUGAACUAUAUAAUAAACAACCACAAGAGAUCAAAGAUUUAAGAAGAGACAGUUACAACUGUCGGGUUUUAAAAGAAAAUAUUUUCUUUAUUUUCCUGUCACUUGAGAUAAGGGACACUCAUCCCAAAGGAAGACAGGAUUUAGCAAUACCUUAAAAUUUUGGUACUAUGUGUAUAUAAGGAGUGAUUUUAAUAAAUUUUUACCAAAAACAUCUAGUUUUCCAAAGAUAUGAUUAAAAUAUACUUGAUACAU